AUGGCUUCUUCUCCUCCUUUCCCCUCUCGUCUCCUUUACUACGACGGCAAGCCCCGUCCGGCCUCUUCUGGAAAGACUUUCCAGACCGUCAAUCCUGCAGAUGCUACCCCGCUGGCCGACGUUCAUAUCGCUUCUCAUUCCGAUAUAGACGCUGCCAUUGCUUCUGCUGACCGUGCCUUUGCCUCCUGGUCCCAAACUCCCCCCAUUGUUCGUGCCCGAAUCCUUCAGAGAGCAGCGGCAAUCCUUCGUGAGAGGAAUGAUGAUAUAGCUCGCGUCGAGACUCUGGAUUCUGGCAAGGCCUACUCCGAAACCAGCGUCGUUGACGUGGUCACCGGCGCUGAUGUCUUGGAGUACUAUGCCAACCUUGUUGGCGGCGGCGGUCUCAAUGGUGAAACAACCCAGUUGAGAGAGGAUGCUUGGGUCUAUACGAAAAAGGCCCCUCUGGGUGUAUGCGUGGGAAUCGGGGCUUGGAACUAUCCUAUUCAGAUUGCGCUGUGGAAAUCCGCUCCUUGUCUCGCUGCUGGAAACACAAUGGUUUACAAACCUAGUGAAUUCACCCCGCUACAUGCCCAGACCCUGGCGGAAAUCUACACGGAAGCUGGCCUUCCGGACGGCGUUUUCAACGUCGUCAACGGUGCUGGUGAUGUCGGUGCAUACCUGACGUCUCACCCGUUGGUUGCCAAGGUCUCCUUCACCGGCCAAGUGGCCACGGGUAUGAAGGUCGCGGGCUCCGCAGCCGGGAACAUGAAAUAUGUCACCAUGGAGCUUGGGGGAAAGAGCCCAUUGCUUAUUCUCCCCGACGCGGAGCUCGAGAACGCCGUUGAUGGUGCCAUGAUGGCCAAUUUCUACAGUACGGGUCAGGUAUGCACAAACGGCACGAGAGUCUUCGUACCCGCGAGCAUGAGACCCGCUUUCGAGAAACGUCUCGUGGAAAAGAUGCAAUAUGUGCGUCCCGGGUCGCUUUUUGACCCUGCAACGAACUUCGGGCCUUUGAGCUCCAAAAUUCAUCUCGACAAGGUCACCUCAUAUAUUCGUCAUGGACUGGAGGUGGACAAAGCGAAACUUCUCUAUGGUGGUCUGGGGAAACCCAAUGUCCCCAAGGACCUGGAGAACGGCUACUGGGUACAACCGACUAUCUUCACCGACUGCACAGAUGACAUGCGUAUUGUCAAAGAGGAGAUCUUCGGACCCGUGAUGUCCAUCCUGUACUACCAGACCAUUGAAGAAGCUGUCCACCGCGCCAACAACACGGAACUCGGCCUCGCUGCUGGCGUUUUCACUCGGGACAUUAACCUUGCACAUCGCAUCAUCGACCAGCUCCAAGCAGGCAUUACAUGGGUAAACUCGUGGGGAGAAAGCCCUGCCGAAAUGCCCGUGGGCGGGUGGAAGAAGAGCGGCGUUGGCGUGGAAAAUGGCCGCAAAGGCAUCGAGGCCUGGGUACGAAACAAGAGCACCCUAGUGGAUAUGAAUGGUGCUGUUGCUACUGUUUUUGCAAAACUAUAG